AUGGCAGGCUUCUUCAACAAACUCAAGAGUGCGGGAAACAGACCACCCUGUCCAGACCACCUCGAGCCCACGAGCAAAGAUGCGCCGAGCAAGAAGGUCAAGGAGGAGCCUGCGCCAGAGCUUACUCCCUUGGAAAAGAUGCUGCAGAACGCCGGCCCAUUGAGGGAAGAUGGCACUGAUAAGUUCUUCGGCCUUGAAAAUGCACUGUUUUACUCGGAAUCGUUCCGUGACCAUGUUAUCAAGUACCCGCUACUCUCACCUACCGAUACUCCGAACGGAACUCGACCGAAGGUGAACGUGACGAUCCGACCGCCCGUUGUAAAAGAGCCCCCGAACACGCCCGGCGCGAAACAGAAGGGCCUCAGUGCCUCGGAGUCGAUGAAGCGCAGACAGGCUAUAACCGCGGGAAUGGUACCUCCUGGCGCGCCAGUGCUACGGCCCGAAGACAAGCCUGAUUCACCAGAAUACAAGAAAAAACAGGCCAUGAUCAAGGGCCCAAUCUUGGAGUUGGCACAAGAGAACCCGUCGGCGUACGGCAUGGAAGAGUGCACGUUCACAGGACUCAAGGAUAUUUUCCAGGCCCUCAUCGAGAGCAACACCAGAACGGGCGUGCUGAGUCCUCAACGGUUCCUAGAAAUCUUCAAGCGCGACAACGAGAUGUUCCGAAACUCGAUGCAUCAGGAUGCCCACGAGUUUUACGGUCUCGUCCUCAACGACGUUAUCUCCAACGUUGAGGCAAACGCCAAACGAAUCCAGGAGCGGGAGGCCGAGAAUAAAGAUGGGCUAAUCCAAUCCGUCGAGAAUGCUCUUGGGGCAGCGAACAUCAUGAACAGACCAACAAAUGGGAUGGGUUCACCAGGAACCGGCUGGGUCCACGACAUCUUCGAGGGCGUUUUGACGUCAGAAACGAAGUGCCUCACUUGCGAAACAGCGUCACAAAGAGACGAGACAUUUCUAGACUUGUCCAUCGACCUGGAGGAACAUUCGUCAGUAACAUCGUGUCUGCGUAAGUUUUCAGCCGAAGAGAUGUUGUGCGAGCGUAACAAGUUCCAUUGCGACCAUUGCGGUGGACUUCAGGAGGCUGAAAAGCGAAUGAAAAUUAAGCGGUUACCGAAGGUUCUCGCACUGCACCUGAAGCGGUUCAAGUACACCGAGGAUUACAGUCGACUGCAGAAGCUCUUCCACAGGGUCGUGUAUCCAUACCACCUCCGCAUGUUCAACACCACCGAUGACGCAGAAGAUCCGGACCGCCUGUAUGAGUUGUACGCUGUCGUCGUUCACAUUGGCGGAAACGCUUACCACGGCCAUUACGUCUCGGUAAUCAAAACAAAGGACCGGGGCUGGGUUCUUUUUGACGAUGAGAUGGUGGAGCCGGUUGACAAGCACUUUGUUCGAAACUUCUUUGGCGAUAAGCCCGGCAUGGCUUGCGCCUACGUUUUGUUUUACCAAGAAACCACUUUCGAAAAGGUGCAGGCCGAGAUGGAGGCCGAAGGGCUUGAGGAAGUUAAGAUCGCCAGUGAAGCCGCCAACGUUGCUCAUGAGAACGGGCAGCCAAACGGCACAAAUGGUACAACCCCUCUUUCGAAACAAUUCACGCAGCCCGUCAGUCCUAUCGAGGAACGGGAGCCGCUCCCCAGUCUCGCGCAUGCACAAAGCGCCCCAGGCAAAGUGGACGCACCGCCGCCAGAGAAGCUGCCUCCGGCGCCUGAGACGCCCGCCACUCCCUCGGUUCCUACGAUUCCCGCUAGCAUCGCUAGGUCCAACACGGCGGCGAAGAUGGACAAGUCAAAAGACGACAAGAAGCGCGAGAAGAAGGAGCAGGAAGCCGCCGAGAAAGCGCGGAAGCAAGCCGAAAAAGACAAGGCGAAACAGGAGGAGAAGCAGCAAAGAGAGAACAUGGCCAGGAGGAGGGAUGCCUAUCAACGAGAACAAGAAGAGUUGCGCAAAGCAAUCGAAGCCAGCAAGAAAUCAGCACAGGACGAUACGAAGAAGAAGGACUCGCCAAGUUCAGGCGGAUUUCUCAAUCGGUCCAGCCGGGCGAGUAAAUCGAUGAGCAGGAAGAGUUUUGGAUUCCUGAGCAAAGACAAGGACAAGGGCGAAUCGCAUCAACCAUCGGAGAAUGGUCACAACGGCUCCGAAGGAUCAGCAAGUCAGCCAGACAAACCCAAGGAGCUAAAGGAACGAUUCAGCUUCAACCUCGGCAGGAAGAAGAGCGGCAACUUGCUCUCAUAA